AUGAACGAGAAUACAUCUCUGCGACCAGCCACGCUCUCUGCUCUUAAAGAAUACGAGGAGCUUGAAUUAUCAUUGCUAGCUUCAUUACAACAACCGAAAGCUCCAUCAUCAUACCAGCAACAAGCUCCAGGAGACAUCCUGAGAAAGAUUAUUAUAGUCGAUGAGAGAUUGCAGAGGCUUGUAGAUGAAGUUGAAUUACAUCAAGAGACUCAAACCAAACUAGAUGCCACAUUACAACAAAUCGAACAACAUAAUGUCAUGAUCUUGUCAUUGGUUAGGAGGUUGCAGUCUGCGCAACACACUUUGCAAGCAAUCUUGUCGGAUGCUGGUGACAAGGUCCUGAAUUCACGACGGGCUGGUGAAGAACCAUUGGACUACAAGAGUUUAAUAUCAUAUGCACGACGAGUAGCAAACACGACAUCAGCACCACCUACAGGAACGAACAUGCCGCCGAUACCACAGGAUGCAGAUAUGAAGUUGAGUCGGCUGUUUUGGAGUCCUGAGGACUUGUUGAAUGGUCGACCUGAAGCUGAACCAGGUUUAAUGGGAGCUGUACCAUCGAAUCUCAUGGAUGUGGAUACGCUGGAUGAGGAAGAGCAACCUAUUCAUGGAGCAUCUAGUUCGGGAGGUCUAGCUACUGCAGGAGAUUUAUUGGAUCUGGACUUGUAG